AUGAGCAGUGACCAUGAAAUUGCUCUUCUCCGCAAACAGAAAAACACCGCCAUUGAGAACUGUGAUUUCCAGCAAGCAAAAUCUAUAGACCUUCAAAUUCAGAAGCUUUUGGACGCUAAAAAUCAACAGAAUAACCAGGCAAAUUUAACUAAAGCUCUUCUUACAUAUAAUAUCGAAAAAGAAAAUAUUAAAAUACAAGCUUCCGAAAUGUAUAAUGAAUAUUACAAUCAAGUUUAUAAAGCUAAAUCCCGUUUUCAGAAAAGAAGGAAUCUCUUACAGCAGUCGCAUGCUAAUGCAUUAGCCAAGCUAGCUGAAGAGUAUGCUAAGGAACUUGAAGUCGAAACAACCCGUGCUAUUCCAGAAGCUGAUACUCGAAAGAAUCAAGCACAGAUUCGCGCAAGGAAUCAGGAAUACGAUGUAGCUGACGCAUUGUUCAAAGAGUCACAGCAGAUCAGGCAGCAAAUACUCCAAUCUAGACAGGACGCCGUCCACAAGAAAUAUAACGAAUUAAGGACAGCUUUAGAGGCAAAGAAUAAAUCCGAGGACGAUCUAUGCGAUAAGAAAGAAAAGCAAGUUUUCACUGAAAUUCAGACAAAUUAUAAUAAUGAAAUUGAUAAGCUUGAUAAGACUCUCCAAGCGAGAUCCUUAAGACUAAAUGUACCACGUGGUGAAGACGAAGCUGAAAUGUUCAGACCUCUUUUCACAGAAGACGAAAUAAAGGAAAUUCAGCCAUUAUCACCAGUUCUUCGAACACCACUAUCUCCAAAAACAUCACCAUUAUCUCCGAAAUUACAAUCACCAAGACCUACAAGCAGAGUUUCUCAAAAUUCUACACCUAGAGCUAAUCGCACUACUCCAACUCGUUCUACGAACUAA